CGUUUCCCCCUUUAAUUCCAAGCUUCAGCAUUCGCAUCGACUACAUAUCCACAUCCGGGUCUAACAAAUUCUCCACUAAAUUAAUCAAAAUGGUGAAGAAAAUGGAAGCUAAAUGCUUGGCUACACUCAUCGUUUUCAUGGCUGUUUGUGGCGGUUUUACGACCGGUGGUGCAGAUACGGCGUUAGCAAACAAGUGCUCGGCGGAAUUUCAGAAAGUGAUGGCGUGUUUGACGUUUGCCACCGGGAAGGCGGCGGCGCCGAGCAAGGAGUGCUGCGAUUCGGUGUCGGAUCUUAAAGAAACUGACCCCGCUUGUCUUUGUUUCGUUAUUCAGCAGAUCCAUAAUGGUUCUAAUCCCGCCAUUAAGCAAAUGGGGGUCCAAGAAUCACGAUUGCUUCAGUUGCCUUCUGCUUGCAAGUUGGCCAAUGCUAGCGUCAGUGAAUGCCCCAAGCUUCUACACUUACCUGCUAAUUCUUCUGAUGCUGCGAUUUUCACCAACGCUAAUGCUACCACCACCCCACCGGGGACGUCAUCACCAACAACGGCCGCGGACUCAAAUGGAUUCCGGCAUGGACCGCAGCAACUUGCAGGAAUUCUGGCUAUAACCAUUACCUUCAUCUUCUUUUAUGCAUUUCCAGCAGGAGUUUAAUCUUAUAACAAGCUGGCAGUAUCUGUAAUAUUCACUUCUCAAGACUUCGAGCUUUUGUUAAAUUUGUAACUGGAUUACAUUUCAUCACUUGCCUAUUACGGUGGCUUAUUUAUCCAGCUUGAUUUUGCUAAAAAUUAGAUUUUUUUCUAAA